AUGAUACCCCACCAGACUCCCAUUCAAGCCGUAUACGCGUUGGCAAUUGCAUUUCUGUUCGUUGUGCGCAAUGGCCGAGCGGCGCAGGAAUCGGACGCUAGUACGAUCCGGUCGCCAGCAUCCAACAUCCUCAUACGCGAAGACACUCUUUGGAGUCGGUCGUCCCUGCAAACACAAGGCAUCACUAUCCAUGGCAAUGUAACGGUCUUUCCUGGCGUUACCCUCGUUAUCGAAGGCAUCCCUCGCAAAGGAAAAGUCGCCCAAGAACCCUUUGCCGUGAUCUUUGCUGAGAAAGACGCGGCUAUCGUCUUACAACCAGGAGCCUUUAUACGAAUAACGGAUGUGGACUUUGUCGGUCAGAGGAUUGCAACGAAAGAUCUUGGUACCGGUAGCGACUCCAACACAACGGAGACUCCGACCGCUUCCAAAAUCCAGGCCACUCCUGUGGGUCGUGGGGUUGUCGCCAUCGGAAAGCCCACCGAUGGAACUGCCACGGUUGCGGCCACACGUUUUCGUUGCAAGGGGUUAUCCACGUGCAUUGACGCGAUAGCAGCCAAUGUUACCGUACAGGACAGCUUUUUUGACAUGAAUGAAAGCAAUGCCACCUAUACACAGAUCCGCUGUCUCUAUGAGGGCUGCAAUAGUGCCACGGCUGCGAUCAGUGCCUAUGAUCUUAAGGUGGAACGCAGCGUCUUUUGUCGAAUCAUACGGUUGGCAUUCGAAUGCUUGCUAGGCGGUUAUGCUUGCAAGCACGUUAUUGACAAUUGCACGUUUUUGGACAACAUACCGAAGGCUAUCGCUGCAGGCCCCAGGGUCUCCAACAGCGUCAUCCAAAACUCUUACUUUGCCAACAAUGGAGUGGCCGUCAUCAACUCUGAUUUUGCUAUUCAAUCGUCCAUCUUUGUGGACAAUGUCGUCGCCAUUGUGCAGGGAAAGACGCAGACUCAGACUCCGGAAUCUUUGAAGGAUCUGCUGUUCUUCCGGAAUCUCGUUGCUCUGGAUUCUAGAGAGGGCUACCGAGAAACAGGCGAAUUCGACAGCAUUACCUUCCUUGCCAACGGUGUUGCCAUGCUGGGAGGAGUCUUGAAACCAACAGGCCCAAUCAACUGGAUCGACUCAACCCUGUACAACAUAGACUACAAGGGAUCUUCUACAGUUGAUCUGAAGGAUCAGUCUGUAUUUUGGGGGUCAGGGGUUGACGAGGCGGCAGUGCAUGCCAAGAUACGAGACGGCUUGAAUGGAGGUGGGCCAGGGCUGGUCUUCAUCGGCGUCGACAAUGACAAAGGCUCAACGGCCUAUCAUCAUUCAACCUUUCCUGGUUCCAACUACCGACCCCAAACGGGCCAGGAAAAGCUCGAUUCCAUACUGAGCAACAACAACUUUAAUGACGGUGUGGGUCACAAGCCCUAUCCAUACCUCCUCCUUUCGGAUCAACUCCGAGCUGAAGAUGCUGGACUCAAAGACCUACCCGAUGAAAUCCUGGCUUGGAAUUGGACAUCGUAUGCCAAUGCCAACUCAGAGGCAUCAUCGCCAGAAGAGCAGCGGCAUCAUCCUGAACACCAGCUUUGCCAAGAAGACCCCGAAUCAUUGAUCUACGAAAUCCAAGUGAAGUCUUGCGCUUGGUUGGCAAGAAGAUCAGACCGAAUGAAACAUUGUCAAAACCCCAAUACUGCCAACAAUUGUCCUCUUACCUGCGGCGUCUGUUCGGCCAAGUCCAACGAUGACGCAAAGCUACAAAGCAACCAAAACGGGGGUGAUUUCGAUGAUGGUGAUUGUGGGGGGUUCAUCAUGACCGCAGAGUCAGGCCUGCCAAUCUACUUGUGGGCUGUAGUGUUUUACGUGUUGGUUCUACAAGGGAUUGCAUGCGUUGCCUGUGGCAGAUGUCUCCACAACCGAUCCUCGAAAUCUAUGUGUUCCUUUGGUAGUGGAGAAUCUUCAAUUGCCUUUCCAACAGAGUUGGCUUCUUUGAAAAGUGAGGAAGGUUCAGGUAUUGAAUUGGGCAGCCACGUGAAAUGA